AUGUCAACCGUGGGGGUAAAUUUGGCUGUUACUCAAGACGGUGAGACCUACAACAAACUACAGCGGCCCGACGGUUACCUUAUGUCGACGCAGCCGCCCUCCAUACCCCCCUCGAUAGCGUCCCCGACUGCACACGGCAGCAAAAGAAAGUGCGCGCAAGAAGAGGCCACUGAUACCAAGCGCGCGAGGGUCGCGCGCAUCACGGCGCACCCAAAAAAACGACCGCGUGCUGUAGAUUCGUACCACGAGUAUGGAACACGGACGGUGCUACCAGGGCUUGACGGUGAAGAGCAGUCAUCCGACGAGUCCACAAGCGAAGCGUUGGCCUACCUUCACGGUGUCCGGUCUGAAGCCUCGGCAAUUCCCACUCUACUCGUAGCCCCAAACAAUGUCAACGUUGGCAAACUCGACUCGGAUUAUGACGAAUCGAAAUACAAAAGCCCGAUAGAUACUCAACGCGUCAUAUACAGGGAAGGAACCUGGAUAGCCGUGGAUUGGGAGCACAACGCUACCAAAUGGGAAACAGAUUCGUUUGCUCUUAAUCCACAGGAAGCUUGCACCAAUGCUCUCCUCCAGCGCUUUCGCAACCUUCGCAAGAAACUCGCCGAGAUGCGGAGGUAUGGACGACUACCAGACGCAGCAGCGAGCCGCGCAAAAGCAGAGAAGUUUGGAAAGCAGAAAUGGUCGGGAACCAUAGAGAAGGACUUACCGAUUCUUCAAGAGAUCGUGCACAUGGACGAGUCGACGCUCUAUAUGGCUCUGCAAGGCUGUACGUUAGCCUUGGGUCGAUCAGCUAAGAUAUCCCGGGAGAAGAGCUGUUGGAUAUGGACCUUGUUGGCCCUGGUUGGAGAUUUCGGUACUUUGGAUCAUGAGCGUGUGAGCAGGAUCCGAGACUUGGGACUCAGCGCAGGCCGGCUAGUGGGCCGACUCCAUGCAGACAACACAACAUUGACGUCUGAUGCACAAGAAGGCGAGCGCACUAGUCCCAAGGUCCCAAAGACCGAUCCUGGAGAACAGACACAUGGGGCUCACGACACGAGUCAUCUCGCGCCAAGAGACACACAAACUCUGUGUGAUGUUUUGGAUGAGAAAGACAAUGGGUUAGGCUCGACGCCCUUCAGAAAUGACGAUGUCGUGCUCAGCCAAAACACAGUCAUUGAAGAGAUGGAUGAUUCUGACGCAGAGAUGAUCAUGUCUGAGGAUGAAGUUGACUCUGAAAGCAUUCCGGAAGAUGGAGGUCUCGAGGAUGCUCGAGCGCGUCUUCUUGCGCAACUCGGAGACCGGUUGGUACAUUCACAACUGUCUCUACCUAAUGCGCCCCCAAUGCAAGUCCAUCAUCACCUUUCACGGGUCGAGGCUGAGAGGCAGCGACAAGAGAUACGCCGAGGAGAGCUGCAGCAAACUGCGAGUGUCACCAAAUUGGCGCCAGUUUCCAAGCCGACACAGGCCAAACCGCAGUCCAUUACCCCAUUGUCCGAGAGUGACUGGAACACCAAGGCAGCCAUCGAUAUGAUUCUGACAGUUGUAGCCGAGUCCAUGCAGCGCAUUUCACCCCACUUUGUCUGCCCCGCGCUCUUCCAAGACGCCCUCCCAUAUACCUUCGCAUACCGUAAAGUCUGCCGAGCAACUAUCCGAACCCACAUUCUUGCCCCCCGCCGCCGCUUCUCUACGCAAACUUCGCCUUUGGGCUUCGACGACGACAUGGGCAAAGAAGACAAGAACAAGUCGUUCAACCUGAAGGUGCCAAAGGGCACACGCGACUGGACUGGCGAGGAUGCCGCACUUCGCGACAACCUGUUCCAAACGGUAACGGAAGUUUUCAAGCGCCACGGUGCUACGACACUCGACACGCCCGUCUUUGAACUCAAAGAGAUCCUCAGCGGUAAAUAUGGAGAAGACUCAAAGUUGAUCUACGAUCUGCAGGAUCAAGGCGGCGAGCUCUGCUCACUGCGCUACGAUCUCACCGUUCCACUUGCACGAUGGCUCGCCAUGAAUCCUAGCGUCCAGAAUUUCAAGAGAUACCAAAUCGCUAAGGUGUACCGCCGCGACCAACCAGCGAUGACCAAGGGUCGCAUGCGAGAGUUUUACCAAUGCGACUUCGAUAUCGCGGGUUCCUACGACGCCAUGAUUCCAGAUGCCGAAGUACUCAAGAUUGCGACCGACGUCUUCGAUGCGCUCAAGUGGGACUCGUACACGAUCAAGAUAAAUCACAGGAAGAUUCUAGACGGCAUGUUCAAGGCUGCUGGCGUCAAGGCAGAACUGAUACGGCCGAUCAGCUCUGCGGUAGACAAACUAGACAAGCUACCAUGGUCAGAGGUCAAGCAAGAAAUGGAGACCAAGGGACUGCCAGCAGACAUUGCGGAUAAGAUUGGUGAAUGGGUGCAGCGCAAAGGCGGCGACGACAUCAUCGACUAUCUCAAGACAAACGAGACUCUCUCUCAAUCGGAAGACGUCAGCCAGGGUGUUCGGGAGAUGGAACAGCUCUUCUCAUACCUCGACGCUUUUGGUGCCCGCAAGAGGAUCUCUUUCGAUCUCUCACUCGCCAGAGGUCUAGACUACUACACUGGGCUCAUCUACGAGGUAGUUACAGAAGGCUCAGCACCGCGUGUAAAAGGUCAGCAGCAAGAAAUCGGUGUAGGAAGCGUCGCCGCCGGUGGUCGUUACGACGGGCUCGUGGGCAUGUUCAGUGGCAAGCCUAUUCCUUGCGUCGGCAUAUCCUUCGGCAUCGAUCGAAUCAUUAGCAUCAUGAAAGCCCGCGGCCAGUCGACACAGCGUGCCAAAGAUGUCGAUGCGUUCGUCGCGGCCUUUGGUGGUAAAGGCUUCACCGGCCUGUUGACAGAACGUAUGCAAGUCGCUCAAGAGCUAUGGGCUGCAGGCAUCAAGGCUGAGUUCUCGUACAAACUGAAGCCGAAACUCCCUCAGCAAUUCAAACAAGCUGAGGUGGCCGGCGUCCCGCUCCUCGUCAUCCUUGGUGAGGAUGAGCUCAAAGACGGCAAAGUCAAGAUCAAGGUUCUGGGAAUCAAAGACGACAACGACCCCGAGAAAGACGGUGUACUGGUGAACAGGACUGAUAUGAUUGCCGAAAUUCGGAAGCGACUACCAAGCGCAGCUUGA